UUUCUCCCUCCCUCUCGUCUCUGCACGGAAAGGGAUUCCGCUGUAGAGACGCGUCUUUUCAUCAGCAUCUGAUUUCAGGCCCUCCAUUUUCACUCUUUCAAUAUAUAUAAUUACUCCCCCUUUCUCAGAAGCUGCUAGGUUUUCUUGCAGAGCCUAUCUACAUCUUGCUCGCUCUAGAGGCAGCUCUGUAACGGAGAUGAGCAGCUUCUAGCGCUCCAAGAUCUGGAAAUUCGUUUCCCUUACCUCGAUACUGGUACAUCAUGGCAUUGAAAAUGAACUCAGCUGACAGUAGGACUCGGAGCUCUGUGUCUAUAUUUAUUGUAGUUGGUCUGUGUUGCUUUUUCUAUAUUUUGGGUGCAUGGCAGAAGAGUGGUUUUGGAAAGGGUGACAGUAUAGCCGUGGAGAUCACCAAGCAGACAGACUGCGGCAUCUUGACCAACUUGAAUUUCGAGACCCACCACAAUGGCGCAAGUGAUGUCGUUGAUGUCCCUGAAUCAAAAGUUGAAGUUAUCCAACCAUGCAAUGCUCGCUAUACUGAUUAUACUCCAUGCCAAGAUCAAAAGCGGGCCAUGACUUUCCCGAGAGAAAAUAUGAAUUACAGAGAGAGGCAUUGCCCUCCAGAGGAUGAGAAACUGCGUUGCCUUAUCCCUGCACCCAAAGGUUAUGUGACCCCAUUCCCAUGGCCAAAGAGCCGUGACUAUGUAUUCUAUGCAAAUGUUCCCUAUAAGAGUUUAACGGUUGAGAAGGCUGUCCAGAACUGGGUUCAAUAUGAGGGCAAUGUCUUUAGGUUUCCAGGUGGAGGGACACAGUUCCCUCAAGGGGCAGAUGCAUACAUCAAACAGCUUGCUUCUGUGAUCCCAAUUGCCAACGGGACUGUCAGGACUGCACUGGACACUGGUUGUGGGGUUGCAAGCUGGGGUGCUUACCUGUUGAAAAGAAAUGUAUUGGCAAUGUCCUUUGCACCGAGGGACUCACACGAGGCACAAGUGCAAUUUGCUUUGGAAAGAGGUGUGCCUGCAGUUAUUGGUGUGCUUGGAACCAUACAGCUUCCUUACCCAUCUAGAGCCUUUGACAUGGCUCACUGUUCACGUUGCUUAAUCCCAUGGGGAGCAAAUGAUGGAAUGUACAUGAUGGAAGUGGAUAGGGUUCUCAGGCCCGGUGGGUACUGGGUACUUUCGGGUCCUCCCAUCAAUUGGAAGAAUAAUUACAAGGCGUGGCAGCGUCCUAAGGAAGAACUCCAGGAGGAGCAAAGAAAGAUUGAAGAGGUUGCCAAACUUCUUUGCUGGGAAAAGAAGUCUGAGAAGGGUGAAAUCGCCAUAUGGAGAAAGAGAAUAAAUACCGCCUCAUGUCCUGGGAGACAAGAUGCUCGUGUUACUAUCUGUGAAUCCACAAAUGCUGAUGAUGUCUGGUACAAGAAGAUGGAAGCAUGCGUAACUCCUUUACCAGAGGUUAACAACCCAGAAGAAGUUGCUGGGGGAGAGCUGAAAACGUUCCCAGCUCGGCUUAAUGCUGUCCCUCCCAGAGUAGCUAGUGGGUCUGUCCCUGGGGUCUCUACUGAGUCGUAUAUGGAGGACAAUCGAUUGUGGAAGAAACAUGUCCAAGUUUAUAAGAAGAUCAAUAGGUACAUUGACACAGGGAGAUACCGCAAUAUAAUGGAUAUGAAUGCGGGCCUUGGAAGUUUCGCAGCAGCACUUGAAUCCUCUAAAUCAUGGGUUAUGAACGUGGUGCCCACCAUUUCAGAGAAAAGCACUUUGGGUGUCAUAUACGAGCGAGGGUUGAUCGGCAUAUACCAUGACUGGUGUGAAGGUUUCUCUACGUACCCAAGAACGUACGAUCUUAUCCAUGCUAAUGGCCUUUUCAGCUUAUACCAGAACAAGUGUAAACUAGAAGAUAUUCUUCUGGAGAUGGACCGAAUCUUACGGCCAGAAGGUGCUGUCAUACUCCGAGAUGAAGUUGAUGUCCUUAUCAAGGUUAAAAGGAUUGUUGAUGGGAUGAGAUGGAACACAAAAAUGGUGGACCACGAGGAUGGCCCUCUUGUGCCGGAGAAGAUACUGGUUGCAGUCAAACAGUACUGGACCGUCGGGAAUGGCACUUAUAGUGAAUGAAAUUGAGAAUGCUGUUACAGGAACAAGGGAAAUACAUGUAUGUCAGUUGGCAUUGUUGGUGACGGAUGCUGAUCUUUGAAACCUUGCUGAAGGAAAACAAGUUUUUUUACUCUCUUUUUUUUUUCGCCAGGCACUUCUGGCAGGUGUUUUUUGAUAUCUGAAGAGAAAGCUCAUUCAAUGUUAGAUUAGUUGUUUUCAUUUAGUUGUAACCACCUAAAAUGGAUAUUAUGCUAUUAAUGAUUUGGCCUCUUUCAUUUCC